GAAGUGAGUCGGAGCUGUGGCCCACGUAUCUGGACGCAGAAUAUCUUGAAGACUACAACUGCUCGAUCGAUAAGUCCCGCCUUGAAGAUCCUAAGUGCCCGUCCGGAGGAUACUUGUCUCUAUAUACAUACCUCUCAAGGUGGUGGAACUUUGCCAACGCACCGCACGAAUUUAAUUCCAUGACCGGAGUAUCCGCAAGUCUGUGUACGUCACAGCGGACGUUCGCCGAGUCACCGACACCUAGACCUACACAGCCGAUGGCCCAUCCGCCAACAUGCAAGACGCCUUCGUCACCUUCCACAGAAACGCGUUAAAUUACCUGAAAGAGUUCAACCAAAACGAGCCCCCCUAUCCACUGUCUCUUGAUCUGGCAGAGAAUAAGAAGUUUGAACUCAAGACCCAGGUUCCCGCAGUGCGAGUGGCUUGCCUCGAACACCAGCCCCUAUCUCUCGAGGAAGACUCGCUGCGCCUGGCGUUUCCAAAGCUAUAUCAGUUCGCACCAUACCGCGGCGGAGGUGAGGGUGAGAUUGUCUUAGACGUCACAAACAGUGCCCGAGAUUACCUCUCUGCUGGGAACCUAGUCACAACAAGUGGCCGCGGAGUCACUCUCGUGCCCCAUGCUCCGUCGCUUCUCACAAUUCCACUAGAUAUAACUGCAGGUGAUGCCAGCUCUCUUGGUCUCCUGCUACUGAAGCAGAUAAAUGCGGAAGGAAAGAACAUAGCCCCAUUGACCUGCACUGUGGAUGCUCGAUGGGCAAAUGCCACCUCCGUCAUUGAGGCAGGUCCAAACGGCAUUUUGGGGCACGGCUUCCUCAACGACCGGUCACGCAACGUUGUACAGACCAAGCUCGAUGGUGCUAGCUACUUAGAAACCAGCCUGACUGGCUUCCACCCGCAAGACCCAGGUUUGUGGACGCACAUUCAGAUCCAACCUAGCUGGUUCGACCUGUUAUCGCCCAGAGUAUCCGAUGCCUCGUUGCUUCAUAUAACAGGAGUAGAUCCUAUUGACUACCACACCGAACACACCCAGGCGUACCCUGCGCUUCUCGACAGGAUCCUAGGGAUCUACCCCUUUCCAGGAAAUACCAGUAAAAAUGGAUUUGACAUGGACCUUGACCUGGUCACUGUGGAAUUGGCCAUAUCAUUAUACUUCACAGACGGCCUGUCGCGAGUCGGCGCCCACCGCCAACGCAACACCUGGAGUCUAUUACCAGCAUGGAAAAACAGAGACUGGGGGGCCAUAACAUCGGCAGAACAAGCGCGGACCUUGGUUCGCAAUGGCAAACCUGCCAAAAUCUUUCCGAGACCGCCGGUUCUAGAAGGCCGAAACUGGACAGAGAUGAUGAUGCGGGCAUGGUUUUUCGGCUACGCCAUGACGCCCCAGAACUGGUUUGAUUACGUUGCCAUUAUCUUGCUGCUCAUCCACGUCUUUCUGGCAUUUGCCCAUACGAUUUGGAGCCUAUGGCGCGGCGAGACGAGCGAGGCGUGGGACACCAUCCCAGAGUUGGUCGCACUAUCCCAGCAAUCGCCGCCUGCUCCUGCUCCGCUGCUUGACAAUACUUGCGCCGGCACCCGGAGCAUGCAAACUAUGGGACAUGUUGUGCGAGUAGAGCCUUAUUCCAAGCUUCCUGGCGAGGGUGCGAUGAAUACGCUGCAUUUGACGUUUCGAAAGUCCUUCGAAAAGCGGAUGCAAGACAGUAUUCCGAAAGUGGAAUCUCCGUACGGGACAAACAAUGAGAGUCAUGAUUCAUCCAAAUGUCCCGAUUCAUCCAAAUGUCCUGAUUCAUCCAAAUGUCCUGAUUCUGUCAUUGAUACGACUACAGAUUGCUCCUCCUUGCUCGAAGCAGGAAAGACGUGGUAG